CUUCAAGGCCUGGUUUUGUUGUCGCCGUUCCAAGUGAGCUGCAUCGCUUCAUUAGACUCGUCAAUGUUUACAGUUCUGUUCUCUCGUUUGGAUGUUGUCACAAUUUCAGAGUCCAACACAACGAAUCAAAAUGAAGUUUACUAUCGCCGCAUCCGCUCUAUCUACUCUCAUCCUUCCUUUCAUGGUUGUGGCAGAACCCUCCUGCACCCCCUGCCCGGAACCUUAUGCCAACUUGAUGUUUUGGGAAUUGUCAUCUGGUAAGUUUGGAAGUUGAAAGAGACACGACGUAUGAUUUUAUUGAUAGUUUUGAAUUCCAGUCGCACCUGAGCUCACCCAUAGCCGGUUGAUAUAUUCUAAUCCUUCUUUUGCAAUCACACAUGAUUUAUUCAUGGCACAAACCACUGUUGUUUCCUCAGAUGCCGUCGUCAAUGCCGAAUAUCUCGGUUUCACCUCGGAGGCCUGGAAUGCUGGAAUGGAAUCUUAUGCGACAAUGCUUGAGUGGGACGACCUCGAAGAGUAUCAAAAAAGUGCGGCCAAUCUCCUUUUUGGAUGCACUAGUGAAAGCGAAUGGAAUUGUGAAAUCGAGGAAGCUGAAAUGAGCCCCACUGUGGAUCCCCCAACUGCGGGAAAUUGUAUGGAUAUCUACCGUUUUGUCGAAUACGGUUUACUCCCAGCAGGUAAGUCUCCCUAUCUCGAACCUCAACCACCAGUACACAUUUAGGAGAGAUCACUUCUGGAUCACGAAAGCAACUUCUGCCAACCACAAACUGUUCUUUUGUUUUCACUCUUUUCCAUUUGUUCCAUCAACAUCUUGCAGACGUCAAAGAAGCUGCAAGAGAGCUCGCUUACACCGCCGAUGCGUGGAAUGCCGGGUUGGACACCUUCAAAACCUCGUUGUAUGACUGGGAUGAUCUUAACCCCGACGAACAGGAAGCCGCUCAUGUCUUGGGAUGCCCCUUGGAUGGUGGAGACUGGGAUGGCGCACUCUGAUUUUCUUCAACGGCUGGCUGCAUGGUGAAGAUGUGUUGAAUCAGCCAGAUCUGAUUUCGAUCUGAAAUAGCAUUUUCUAGAGUUUAAAAGUAAAAGAAAUAAAUCAUUUUGUUUGUUCCCCCAGAUAAUCACAUUACGUAGUAUAUUGUAAUUAAAGGAAUAUGUUUGCCGGAUAGUACAGCAAACCGCAUAUCAUCAGACAAGGAAGAAUCGCCGCUAAAGUGUGGCAUUCGACCAGAAUUACAAAACGGGCAAUCCUAUGAUGAUGCUGAAUCACAACAAGCUGAGCUAUUCAAUAUGACAAUGCAGGAAAAUGACGCUUCUUGGAACUGGGAUGAUGCUGUUGCUCCUCGCAACAUUGAGUUCUUAUAUUGCAAGACCUUUUUCGACGACAUUGUAAUAGUUCAUAUGGGUACUAUCUAAUUGACGUUGAUUACUAAAUUAGCCUCUGAGCCAUCCAAACAUUCCACCACUAGAGCUACCRCCGUUCCCCAAAUCUUUUUCUUCCUUGUCUACCACACUCGAGACGGGUGCCGCUGUGUGUUGGUACAAAAAGUCUUCCAGAGCAUCCAYGCUCUUGGCCGUGUYAAAGGCGUGCCCAUAGACCAGAUCAUAAAAUACAGGCUUGCAAGGGAGUGGCAUCGGACGAAGAUCGGCAAUCGGCACAUCGGGGGCUCCUCCAUCGUAUUCAUAUAAGCGGAGCAGGAGGGGUCGAUCCGUCGUGACCGGUUCCUGCCAGCAGGAUGGGGAGCUACCAUUUGCAGCUGCGGCACCCGCAGCUUUUUGAAGCUUGCGAGCRUGUUGGCGCUGCUGCAACGCCAUGGCUGCCCGAACAGCCCCCGUGGCACUCUCCAGAGGAAGGUCCUCUAGUUGCUGGAGGUACUUAUCGGCAUGGGGCAUAUCCUCAUCACAGGCGGCGAUUUCUUCCUCGGCACGUUCAGACAGCUUGGCAGAGUGUUCCAAGAGGGCAAGRGCGGGACCGUACUUAAAGAGUUGGGUGUAGUAGCACCAUCCCAUGUAAUAUGCUUUGAGGGCUCGCAAYCGCAGAAUGUUCGCCUGGACUUGCAGGAUGAAUUCGUCUUCUUCGUUUGCACUACCUCCGCUAUUAUUUCCGUCGUCAGGAUGGGGCAAGUUCAGCAACGAUUUGGCAUGCUGUAAAACAGCAUCGUAGAUAUGGACCUUCUCUGCUGGACCCAUGCUCUCGCCCGAAUCGGUAGUGAGUAGAUUUUCUGUAUGUUCCAUGACCUUUCGGGUUUUGCUGUACUGCAAAUAGCCUCUCCAUAGGGAAUAUUGCUGAAGCUUUGCUUGAACCGCGGGUCCACUGGACGAAGAAGCUUUGGAGAGUCCUUGUUCAAGCAACUGGACGACUUCCAUGGCAUCAUCCAGGAUGGAAAGAGCCGUCAAGAAUUGAGUCUCCUUAAGCGUCGCCGAUGAUCCUUUUUCUGCCUCUUCUUUUUGUUCUUGUUCUACUGAUUGAAGCUUUAG